GUGAGUGAGACUGAUUAAAUGAGAUUCGUGGUGUGGGUGUGGGGUGCGCACAUAGCGCUUCUUUGUGCGCUCCUGGGUGCACCAGAGGUGCAAACCGAAUGUACCCCGGUCUAUCUCUGCCGCUGGAACCCGGGUAAUCCCUCUGCAACUAAGAAGCCCAACACCGUGCAAUUUUUAUUGUUCCAGGUUUUUCAAUAUAUUACUUUCCUGGAAGACAAUUUUUUAAUCACUGAGUGGGAUACGUGGCUUCUGGUGGAGGUAGUAUCGACCGGCCGCUAUGAAUGUACCCAGUGUAAUGUCUGGUACUCUGUUGGGGAAGAGCGUUAUUUAUUGCAGAGCUGCUCAAGUUUCCACUGGAAGCUAUUUUUUCAAACUGUUUUCAUUGAAAACGACAAUAUGCUUAUUUAAUCAAAAGCUGGAUGGUUCUUGCUUUAGUCUUGCCGUCAAAAAUAUUGCAGGUGGAAUCAGACGUAUUUUUUUAUAAUUUCGGCUAACAGAGGCGCAGUAUGGUCAUUUUGUAUGACUUUGUCAGGGCGUAUUAUGGCAGGUAUACCACAGCUACGUCAAGUUUCAGCUCAUUUGAGCUUUAACCCGAGAGGAAUCGGGGAUAUGAUAUGAUAUAAUAUAUAAUGUAAUAUAAUAAUUAAUUAGUUGCUUUCUUUUUUUUUCGCGUAAACCUCACAAAAGGUUAUUGUGAAAUUAUUUGUGCGUGUAUGUGUGUAAGACUUAAGGGAGAAAUAAAAUUACAAUUAUAUAGGCUACUGCUGAAAAGUUAAAUUCACGUUAUUCAGUUGAGAAUGGUGAAUUGUACGGUAUAGAUCGGUAUCAAUUUCACACGUAUAAUGAUGUUUGUCGUGUCUGCGACCUCCGCGUGGCCCCACGUGGUGCUCAUGCUUUCUUUCGGAGUGACUACAGUGCGCCCCAGUAAAUGUCCCCGAGCUUGUGUUUGUGACAACAUUCAGCUUACCGUGGCCUGCGUCGGCAAGAACCUGACGGAGGUGCCUCCAACUAUCAAUGAGAUCACUGUGAAGUUGGACCUGAGAGGCAAUAGCAUCCAGGAGUUGCCUUCCGGAGCGUUCCAGCACACCCCCUACCUCACACAUCUAUACCUUCAGCGGUGUGACCUCCGCCGUGUGCGUGAGGGGGCCUUUCGCAGCCUGGGGCGCCUGGUGUUUCUCAACCUGGCCAACAACAACAUCGAGAUACUGUACCAGGAGACUUUUGAUGGACUAUCAUCCCUUAAGCAGCUCCUGCUGGACCACAACCGUGUGGAGGAGAUCCAGCCUGGUGCCUUUUCCCAGCUGGGCUUCCUCAACCUGCUCUCCCUCACCCACAACCGCUUGGAGUACCUGCCCAACCUGGCCUUCCAAGGCCUUCAGAACAUCAAGUGGUUGCGACUCAGUCACAACGCUGUCAACUACCUGGCCGUGGAGGCCUUUGCUGGCCUUUUCACCCUGGCCCGCCUUAGCCUGGACCACAAUGAGCUGCAGUUCUUCCCCACCGAGGUCAUGACCAGACUCCCAGAGCUGACCCGGCUGGAGCUGAGCUACAAUCCCAUGACCUAUCUGGGAGAGGAGACGGUGGCCAUGCCUAAACUUACCCACCUCUUCUUGGACCACAUGUCACUGCAGGACUUCUCUUACAUGGCAUUAGCUUUGGCACCUGGCCUUGUCCACCUGGACCUCAGCCACAACCAGCUUCAGAGUCUUCAACCUCUGAUGGGCCCCGAAAGACUGACACGGCUCAACCUGACCGGCAACCCGGUCUACUGCAGCUGCUACCUGCGGCCACUGCGGGAAUGGGCCGCCCGGGGCCGGCUGCGGCUGGCGGGCGUCUGUGCCAACCCCCAGCACCUCUCUGGGGAGAGCCUGGAUGGUCUUCAUCCUAACGACCUGCGCUGCCAGAGCCAGGAGGCCAUGUUAAGGGCUGAGCAGGAGUACCAGAACAGGGCCCGCCCACCGCCCACCCCCAGGCCCAACAGAGUGCAGUGCCCUGAUAACUGUAAUUGUGAGAACGAGACCCUCCACUCUUCCUGUGAAAACCGUGACUUCACCAAGAUCCCUCGAGGCUUCUUCCCGGACACCCGGCUCCUGGACCUACGCGGCAACCACUUCCACUACAUCCCGGGGAACAGUUUUCCGGGCAUGUCUCAGGUGGUCUCCCUGCACCUUCAGCGCUGCAAAAUCCAUGAUAUUGAGUCUAGUGCCUUCAAAGGCAUGAAGAACCUUGUCUAUUUGUACCUCUCAGAGAAUGACCUCUUUUCCCUGAGCGCUGAUGCAUUCACAGGCCUUCCCCAGCUCACCUACCUGCACCUAGAAAGAAACAAGUUUACCAGAUUCCCCAGAGAGGCCUUCAAACUCCUGCCCAACCUUCUAGUUCUGCACCUGGAGCACAACCUCAUACACAAACUGGAACAGGGUACUCUGGUUGGGGCUGAGAAGCUGAGGGACCUGUAUUUGACCAGUAACAGCAUUGGCACGGUGGCACCUGGGGCUUUCGAUUUGGCUCCUGGCCUUGAAGUCCUCCACUUGGGAGCCAACCAGCUGACUGAAGUGCCAACGGACGCGCUCCGUAAUACUCCGAGCUUGGCGGAGCUUCGCCUCUCAGCCAAUCCCAUUCGCUGGAUUGGACCAAAGGCUUUUUUCCCAUUUGCUCGUAGUUUGAAGCAUCUGUUCUUGGAUGGAAUGAAGUUAGAGAAGAUGUCCAAGGACUCCUUGGAGGGCCUGGGUGCUGGGCUCCGCAGCCUCCUUCUAGAGGGGAACCAGCUGGAGGAGCUGCCCAGCCUUUACCCGCUCACAGGGCUGGAGGUUAUCAACCUGGCUGAGAACCCUCUUCUGUGUGACUGUCCCUUGCUGCCACUUCGCAAGUGGAUCGAGAAGAUUAACCUGAAAGUGAGGGCCAGCUGUGGACAUCCUCCUGAGCUGAAGGGCCGCAAAGUCAAAGACGUCGACGUAUUCAAAAGCUGCCCGGGAGAAAGGCCGCUCCCCAAUGAGCCCUCAAAGAGCCCCAGGGCACCAAAAGCUGUUCAACCCAAAGCUGCCCACGUAAAAGCCACUGCUGUCAAACUGCAGCAGUCUGGAGGCCAGAGGUCUUCAGUUAGCAAAAGUACAGCCAAAAAGAAAAAGUCACUGUAGCUUCACGUGGUUACCACCAGGGGGCGCGUGGAACAUAACGUAACACUGCAGUGGCGGUAGCUUCAGGACCAAGCUGCGUCGUCUUUUUCAACCUGCUUUCUCCGGUGGAGCACAUGCAAUCAUUGCACGUUAAACCAAGGUGACGUUUUCGCAGUGUUAGGAGGUAGAAAUGUGUAUAACUGCUUUCUAAACAAUAUAUUAAUCCUUAAAUUACACUGUCACAGCUGUUGAUGAGUUUUAAUGAACUGUGGAGUUGAUGGUAAGGAUUUUAGGAAUCUUAUGCAAUAAAACGUUUGAUAAUUUCUACCUACUUUUGGCGAACUUUUAGAUAUACUAGGACACCGUUUUGCGUAUGAAUUGGAAAGGAUUUUAGGUGUAAAAGCUGAAGCAGAUCCGUACGUUCACUCACAUUCAGCAUCCAGUCUGAGCCACUGUUUGUAUUAUUGCACAGAGAACUGACGUGUGUUGAUUGGGAACAUAAUGUCAGGUAUAUGUGGUGGAAAGAAAUCAACCAGUAAGGACAUCUGUUUGGAACUAAUGAAAAUGUAAUACCUUUUUAAUUCUUCUUAUGGGGCUGGCUUAGUAGCUUAGUAUUGGGUGGUGAUUGUCUCACCAGGUAAAUCUCACUCCCUGUAAUUGAGAGGUUGCCAGUUCAUGCCCCUUCCUCAACAGGACAGUCAUAUGUCCAUGGGAAAUUGAGCAAGGCCUUUAAUGCCCAGUUCUGGGGGUGUCACACAAUGUACAACCUUGUGCUGUGAUCCUUAUGCCAGGAAGGGCAAGAUGGGUUAGGAAAAGAGACAAAUUCCUAUAUGCUUUUACUUCUGCAAUGGCUAAUAAAGGGUUAUACUAUUA